CUGCAUGUAGUCUUCGUGUCGUCUCAUCUCUCUCUGCAAUCUUUUGCAAAACAAACACAAACGCAGACAAAGCCGUAAAUAUUUAAUUUAAAUACUUGUGUUGAUUUGUUAUCUAUCUUGAAGAAAAAGAAAAAAGAGAUUAAAAAUGGGGGCGAAGAAGGGAGGAUCUGGUGUGAAUGUGGUGCUAAAAUGGCUGAAACGGCAGUCAACGAAGGUCAAGAGCUUUCUUGCAGUAACGUUUGUGGUAUGUUCUUUAAUGGCGAUGAAGCUUUGGGUUAAAAAUCAUGAAUUUUUCUUCAUUGCAUCAGAGGCUACCCAUGCUGCCGGCAUCAUUGUCUUGAUCUAUAAGCUCACAACCAAGAAGACCUGUUCUGGUCUCUCUCUAAGGUCUCAAGAACUCACAGCACUGUUCCUAGCUGUAAGACUGAUUUGUAGCACUGUUAUGGAGGGUGAUGUUCACACAUUGCUAGAUUUUGCAACCCUCGUAUCUACAGCAUGGGUCAUUUAUAUGAUCCGCUUCAAGUUGAAGUCAACCUACAUCAAGGAGUUAGACAACUUCCCCUUAUACUAUAUAGUGGUGCCUUGCGCGAUCCUUGCCUUAAUAAUCCACCCUUAUAGGUAUGCUAUAAGGGUUAGUGGAGUUCUUUGGGCAUUUUGUGUCUACUUGGAAUCAGUCUCUGUGCUUCCUCAGCUUCGAAUGAUGCAGAACGCAAAGAUGAUUGAACCAUUUACAUCCCAUUAUGUAUUUGCGUUGGGUGUCGCAAGAUUCUUGUCUUGCGCUCACUGGAUUUUACAGGUUAUUGAGACAAGAGGGCGUUAUCUAUAUUUGAUUGGAUAUGGAUACCUAUGGUUCCCAACAGCUUUCCUUGCUGAAAUCGUUCAAACCUUCGUCUUGGCUGAUUUCUGUUACUAUUACAUCAAAAGUCUAAACGAUGGCCAACUUAUCAUGAAGAUGCCUGUUUAGUUUUUAACAAGUUAACAAAAGGAUGUACAUUCGGCGCAGCUGUUUGUUCUGAAUCCUUAAGAAGCUUUUUCUAAUAUCAGAUAUAACAGAUAUAACAAUUUUGUUUGUCUUCUUAUCUUAAUCUGAUUACGAUUUUAUUAUUGA